CGCGCUCCGCGCCCGCGCCGGGCCGCCAGCGCGGGAGGGAGAUGCACCCACAGCCCUGAGCGGGCACUGCCAGAACCGUCUGUGACCCCUCUGUGGGGAGCCCAACCCCGGCCAUGAGUGGGUUCCUCUCUCGGCUGGACCCACGGCGGGUGCCGUGGGGGGCUGCGGGCCGUGCCCUGCGCGCCCGUGUCCUGCGCACCAAGCCCGUGGAGUCCAUGCUGGAGGGCACGGGCGCCGCGGCCACCCAGGGCGCCAGGCUGGCCAAGGUCCUCACCACCCUCGACCUCAUCUCCCUGGGCGUCGGGAGCUGCGUGGGCACCGGCAUGUACGUGGUGUCCGGCCUGGUGGCCAAGGAGAUGGCGGGGCCUGGGGUCAUCGUGUCCUUCAUCAUCGCCGCCGUCGCCUCCAUCUUGUCGGGCGUUUGCUACGCCGAGUUCGGCGUGCGCGUCCCCAAGACCACGGGCUCCGCCUACACCUACAGCUACGUGACCGUGGGGGAGUUCGUGGCGUUCUUCAUCGGCUGGAACCUCAUCCUGGAGUACCUGAUCGGCACGGCCGCGGGGGCCAGCGCCCUCAGCAGCAUGUUCGACUCGCUGGCCAACCACACCAUCAGCCGCUGGAUGAUCAGCAGCGUUGGGACGCUGAACGGGCUGGGGAAGGGAGAGGAGUCAUACCCCGACCUUCUUGCUCUGGUCAUUGCUGUCAUUGUCACCAUCAUCGUGGCCAUGGGGGUGAAGAACUCGGUGGGGCUGAACAACGUGCUCAAUGUCAUUAACUUGGCAGUCUGGAUCUUCAUCAUGAUUGCUGGGCUCUUCUACAUCAAAAGUGACAACUGGGCUGAAGGGCAAUUCCUGCCGUUUGGAUGGCCAGGGGUGCUCAAAGGGGCUGCGACCUGUUUCUAUGCCUUCAUCGGCUUCGACAUCAUCGCUACCACGGGGGAAGAAGCCAAGAAUCCCAACACCUCCAUCCCCUACGCCAUCACAGCCUCACUGGUCACGUGCUUGACAGCAUAUGUGUCUGUGAGCAUGAUCCUCACGCUGAUGGUGCCCUACGAUGCCAUCGACACCGAGUCCCCUCUGAUGGAAAUGUUUGUGGUCCACGGCUUCUACGCAGCCAAAUUCAUCGUUGCCAUCGGGUCCGUGGCUGGACUGACCGUCAGCUUGCUGGGCUCCCUCUUCCCGAUGCCCAGAGUCAUUUACGCCAUGGCUGGUGAUGGGCUGCUCUUCAGGUUUUUGUCCCACGUCAGCUCUUACACGGAAACUCCCGUCGUGGCUUGUAUCGUCUCCGGGUUCCUCGCGGCGCUGCUGUCCUUGCUGGUCAGCCUGCGGGACCUGAUAGAAAUGAUGUCCAUCGGCACCCUGCUCGCCUACACGCUGGUGUCCGUCUGCGUCCUGCUCCUCCGCUACCAGCCCGAGAGCGACAUCGACGGCUUUGUCAAAUUCCUCUCCGAGGAGCACACCAAGAAGAAGGAGGGCAUCCUGGCUGACUGUGAGAAGGAAGCUUGCUCCCCAGGGAGCGAGGGAGAGGAGUUCUCCGGCCCACCGACCAACACGUGCGGGGCGAAGAAUCUGCCGUCGCUGGGGGACAACGAGAUGCUGAUUGGGAAAUCCGACAAAUCCGCCUACAAUGUGAAUCACCCCAAUUACGGCACGGUCGACAUGACCUCGGGGAUAGAGGCAGAUGAGUCUGAGAACAUCUACCUCAUCAAGCUGAAGAAGCUGAUUGGCCCUCGAUACUACACGAUGCGGAUCCACCUGGGGCUGCCGGGGAAGAUGGACCGUCCGACGGCGGCCACCGGCCACACUGUCACCACCUGCGUGCUCCUGCUCUUCGUCCUGAUGUUCAUCUUCUGCUCCUUCAUCAUUUUCGGGGCAGACUACAUCUCCGAGCAGAGCUGGUGGGCUGUCCUCCUGGUCGUGCUGAUGGUCCUGCUCAUCGCUGUACUGGUGUUCGUCAUCUUGCAGCAGCCAGAAAACCCCAAGAAGCUGCCCUACAUGGCACCGUGUCUGCCCUUCGUCCCUGCCUUCGCUAUGCUGGUGAAUAUCUAUCUCAUGCUCAAGCUCUCCACGGUCACGUGGAUCCGAUUUGCCGUCUGGUGUUUUGUGGGUCUGCUCAUCUACUUCGGCUACGGGAUGUGGAACAGCACUCUGGAGAUCAGCGCCCGGGAGGAGGCCCUGCACCAGAGCACCUACCAGCGCUACGACGUGGAUGUCGACCCCUUCUCCGUGGACGACGGCUUCUCCUUCGCCCCCGAGGGCGAGAGCUACCCGGGCUGGGAUCCUCCCGAGGACAAGGGCUUCUCGUACCAGCAAAUGGCGGGCGCCAAGGAAAGCCAUCGGACAAGUAGCAGGUCGAAAAGCAAAGGCAGGCACAAAGCGCCGUCAGAGGCUCUCAUCGCCAACGACGAGUUGGACUAUUCGCCCGAGUAGGGGGAUGGGCAGCGGGGCACCACGCCACUCAGACCACGAGGAAGGGUCCCUGUGGCUCCCCCAUCCUGUCCCAUCCUCCCCGGGUCCUCCACCACCGCCCUGCUCACCUCCGGUCCUCGGGACACGCUCUGCGAUUGCCGUCGACCCCGAACCAAAAUCACUCGUGGCCCGUCCCAGCUCCACCAGUCGGGUCUCGCCCCGGUGAACGCUGGCUGAUCCCCCAGCACCGGUUGAUCUCCUGGCACCAGCUGCACCAGUGGAGGCACUGGAGUGGGAGACGUGCCAAACUGGGAGGGUGUUGAGAGGUGGAAGGAGCCGCACGAGGGGACGAGACAAGUUGUCCCCGGGGAAUGUCCACCUGAAGGCCACAGCGGUGGGAUGCCACUCUUACAUUUUUGGCACUUUCUUGGCAUGUGUGUUUUUUCUCCUUUGAAUCACCUAAAGUGACAGCUGAGCCAGAGGCACGGGUGGGUGGGUGGGUACAAAAUGGAGAUGGACAAGCUCUUUCCAGGGAGUAGCUCAGAGGUCGAUGGUUGUUUCCAUCACACAGUGUUUCCAUGGCCCCUUCUGGGGCAAAGGCACCCAGUGCACACAGCAGUGCUACCCCGAAGUCCACCCCCACACCCCGAACCCAAGUACCCCAAAUACAGGGAUUCAAAAGUAAUCCAUGUCUUAGUCCAACCUUGAAGUCCCAGCACGGCCCAACAUCCCUAAUCUGCAGUUGGGACCCUGGUCCCGUUUCGGGUCACAGCGAGGGCUGUGAACCACUCUUGGCUAACCCACCUUGUACGAAUGGUCGACAAGGACCACACGCUGCUCCUCUGAACAUCACCUGUCUGAGGCUGAGCACUGCUUCCAGCACCUUGUGUCCUUUCCAGAAACAACUGCACCAUCAUUCCCUCACCGUGCUGGGCACAUUUCAGUGCUCGCUCUGGCCUCAGUGCUUCAGGGAUGCAUCCAUGCCCUCUCAAAACAGCAGCGUCCCUGGGUCAGCCACGCCUUGACAGGGCUGGGCCACACGUGGUGAGCAGAGAGGACUCGGCAGCUGAAAUCUGUCUCCCUGCUGCCAUCUCCAACUUGUACCAUUCCCUCUGUUUCUGACUUUGGCUUGGUGGGUGCUGUAUGAAAAACACUGAAAUGCUGCUCGUUCCUUAAGUGUCCAUAUUUCAGUCUGAAACCAAACAGAGCUGGCGGCUCGUGGGGCAGAGGUGGUCAGCAGGUGGAUGUUAAACCCCCUGGGCAUGGCCAUGGCCCCUAGCAGUGCCAUCAGACUCCCUGCUGCCGGUGUCCCCACAGAACCACUGGCAGUGAUGGGGUUUGGUCACUGAUUAGCAGCAGGUCCAGUGCUGAAGCCCAUCGAGCUUAGUGUAAAACACUGUGAUGGAGGAGCAUCUUUUUGAAUGAAUAAUAACCAAAAAAAAGCACCCCAUCAGACAGCAACACUCAUCCUC